AGCGAAAGCGCCAUCUAUUACCAGAAUCGACGACUGCAUGAGUGUAUAGCAGCUAUUUGUUGGAACAACCGCCGAUAAAAAUCGUAUUGUUCAUAAAGACGAAAAUGGCGAAGUCGAAUUUACAAUCCCUAACAUUUAUUUCUGCUUUUUUCAUUCGUCCUUCUUCUUUGCUGUUUUGUGAUUUGUCAGCUGGUUGGUGAUGGCGGCCACGUCACGCAUGACAGCCACGUUAAGUGGCAAAAAUAGACGUCAAGUGACCAAUGUAUACAAUCGGAUUGCGCUAUUUUGUAAAUAAAAGAUUAGUUUACAGCAAGUGCAUCAAUACAUUUGAAUAGAUCGCAUGAAGAAUAAUGAAUUUAAGAUAUUUUUAUAUUUUCUUGAUAUGUUAUGCAUCUAAUAUCCUCGUAAAAGCCGAGGAAGUCGGCAAGAAAGAGGCUCCUGAAAACUCCAGCUUAGAUUUAGUACAAGAUAAAGAUGAAAGACUGCUAUUAUUUUCCACUUUAGAUGGCUCACUUAUAGCUGUCAAUCAAGACGGUGGAAAAAUACUAUGGAAAAUAAAAGAAAAACCAAUUGUCCAAGUGCCUGUAGACACUUCAAAUGCAAUAGUACCAAUUUUCUUGCCAGACCCAAAAGACGGUUCACUGUAUUUGAUUGGAAAUGUUAAGGAACCAUUAAAAAAGUUACCUUUUACAAUACCACAAUUGGUGUCAUCAUCACCAUGUAGGAGUUCUGAUGGAAUCCUUUACACAGGAAAGAAAACAGAUACUUGGUUCAAACUAGAUCCACAAACAGGAAAAAAGCAGCAAAUUUUAGGAUGGGAUGAUCAUAGUUCUACUUGUCCAGUUGAUAUGGAAAAAUCCAUCUAUAUAGGCAGAUCACAGUAUAAUCUGAGAAUGGUUGAUGGCAAAAAGCCUGGCAAUAAAUGGAAUGUAACAUUUUUUGACUAUACUGCUGCUCCUAUGAGUAAAGAAGACCUCAGUGAUUAUGAUUAUGUGCAUUUUACCAGUACUUCAUCAGGUAAAAUCAUUACUCUGGACCGAAGAAGAGGAAAUUUUCUAUGGGAAGCAAAUCUUGAUAGCCCUAUCAUAAGCAUCUAUUUACUAGAUAAAGAAGGCUUGAUUUCAAUACCUUUUACAAGCUUAGCAAAUCAUACCAUUACCUAUUUGAUAGAGCAGUUGCAAACUAAUGAUGGAUUCUUGCAGAGCUCCAGUCAUAUGAAACUAUAUCCAACAUUAUAUAUAGGGGAGCACAACCAUGGACUAUAUGCUUUACCAUCGCUAGUUGACCAAAAUGUGGUAACUAUAACUGCAUCUGAUUCAGGACCUUUACUUUUGGGAGAUCCCUAUGCUCCUGGAUAUCCAAAAGAACAUUCUGACUAUCCAUUACCAGGCCAUAACUACCACCUACCAAAAGAAUAUUACAAUGGAGAUUCAAACAACUUUCAAAGUGUUCCAUCACUGGGCAACCACAUCAUAGUCUACAAAGGCCACUACAAUAUACCGUCAUUUGAUGACCAGAAGCUCUUGGCUGGCUCAAAAGAAGCGAGAUCUGCAGCUAGUGUUUGCACUGACGGGUGCAAUAUGAUUCCUCUGGGCAUUAGCGACGAAAAAGCUGAGAUUGCCAAAAAAGAGGAGAAUGCAAAGAAAACAUGGAGUGGAUGGUUGAAGAGAAAGUAUGAAGCUGUCAAGAAUUUCAUUAAUCAACAAGAAAACAAAGGGUUAAAGUUGUCUUUGAUUGUUAUGACUGGAUGUGUUAUAGCCAUGUUUUGGUAUUUGCAAAUACAGGUUAGAGAGGUGCAGAAUAUGUCUCAAAAUGGCUCAAGAACCAGCCAACAUAGUUCCUACGGUCAGAAUAAUAAUGUAACAGCUUUAUCUGAAGAGCUCCCUAAUGGUCUGGUAAAAGUUGGAAAAAUCACUUUUCAUCCCGAACAGUUGCUUGGCAAGGGGUGUGAGGGGACCUUUGUUUACAGGGGCGAAUUUGAUAGCAGACGCGUUGCGGUAAAACGUUUGCUACCAGAAUGUUUUACAUUUGCCGAUAGAGAAGUUGCUCUUUUAAGAGAAAGUGACGCGCAUCCACAUGUAAUACGUUACUACUGCACAGAACAAGACCGAAUGUUCAGGUAUAUCGCGUUAGAACUUUGUCAGGCUACUUUAACAGAUUAUGUGCAAGGAAACUGUGAUAUAAUCAAUAUUACUCCACUGGAUAUACUUAAGCAGGCAACUUUAGGUUUAUGCCACCUUCAUUCACUAGAUAUAGUUCACAGAGAUAUAAAGCCUCACAAUGUCUUGAUAUCAGUUCCGAACAGUAAGGGAGAAGUUCGAGUCAUGAUCUCAGACUUUGGGUUAUGCAAAAAGCUGCAAGUCGGUAAGAUGUCUUUUUCUCGAAGGUCUGGAAUCACUGGAACUGACGGGUGGAUCGCACCAGAAAUGCUCAAUGGAAAUGAGAGAACAACGUAUGCCGUGGAUAUGUUUUCCUUGGGUUGUCUCUAUUACUAUGUACUGUCAAAUGGUUCACAUCCGUUUGGGGACAGUUUGAGACGGCAGGCAAACAUUCUCAUGGGGAAAUAUGACCUGCCUGAGAUAAAAGGUCCAGACUGGGUAGUGAAUAUUCAAAAAACGUUGGUGUCUGCACUGAUAUCACCAGCUCCAGAAGUUAGGCCUUCAUGUAAAGCUACUUUGGAGCACCCUAUGUUCUGGGAUUAUAGCAUGAUUUUGGCAUUCUUUCAGGAAGUUAGUGAUAGAGUGGAAAAGGCAGAACCCGAUAACUAUGUGUUGAGACAACUGGAAGAUAAUGGUGAACAGAUUGUGAAAUUAGAUUGGAGGAUACAUAUUCAUGAAGAAGUAUCGUCAGACUUGAAAAAGUAUAGGAGCUAUCAAGGACAUUCUGUCAGAGAUCUCCUAAGAGCUCUUAGAAAUAAGAAACAUCACUUCAGGGAGUUAAGCACCGAAGCGCAAAAACUCCUCGGAGACGACGUGGCGUCCUUCACAACGUACUGGACAGAAAGAUUCCCACUGCUAUUGGUACACACCUGGAUCACGAUGCAAUGUGUGGCAGACGAAGAGAACUUCAAAAAGUUCUACCACAUGACGCACCGAUAUUCCGUGAAGCACUGUAGAGAGCAUAUGGCUGCAUACAUGGCGCAGAAUCCGUUGAAUGUUACAGUGAUCAAUAAUGAGGAGAGAGAUCAGAAGAAAUACCUACCAGUUAGGGUAAAGGGAGAGUAUCAGAAAGUCGAAAGGAAGAAUUACGAGUUGGUAAAAUCGGGAGGACUCUAUAGAAAUCACGAUUCACCUGAGAAGAUUCCGAAUAAUCAAAAUAAGCAGCACCAGUUUGUCAAAGGGGGUCUUGGGAAGAAAAGGAAGAAUAAGAAAAUCGAUGAGCCGUUAGUGUGGGCUAUCAAUCAGUAGAUUAAAAUUUCUAAAUUUGGAAACUUAACCGUCAUAUCUAAGGAGUGACAGCACUGUGUGUGUAAUGACAGUGCACAUUUGAUCAAAAAAGUCGCUGGUAUAAAGGUCUACCGCACUGUCUCCUCCUGAAUGCGGUCAGUGAUAAUAUUGAUUAACGUAUUUUAUCCACAGAUGACAAACCAUAUUCUGGCGUUCAGAAAAGGAUCUGAAUGAAACCAGCGCCAUUUAUGAGACAGUAGCAGAACAUAAAAUUGAAUCCUGAAAUCCACUUGAAAAGAUUUAUAGUAUUUGGAUCUACUACUGUCUGAUAGGUGGCGAUAGAAUCUUCAAUCCCUUUUUUGUCUCUUUAAUGCCUAUUUUAAUUCAGUAUGUUCAGACAUUGAUUAAAGUACUCCUCAUGAAGAUAUCCAAUUGAAGUGGACAUUAGAGAGGCCAAAACGAGAUAGAAGAUCCUAGCGCCAUUUAUAUGACGGUAGCAGGACCAAACACUCUUUUUAAAAAGAUUACAAAUUUAUUUUUGUAUUAUGCUAUUGUUUCACAGAUGGUGCUAGUAUCUUUCAUAUCCCUUUUUGGACGCCGGAGGCCGGUAUAUGGUUGAUUAUCUUUAGGCAGAAUAUAUUAAUCAAUGGAAAUAGCAAAAUCGAAAUAUUUUCGAUAAGUUCUUGUUUUUAACUGUUUUUGAUUAUUGGGCAGUCAAUGGCUAUGGGCAGUUUCGAUGUCAUGUAUGAUUGUUUUCCGUUUCCUAUAUAAUAGAGAAUGUUGCACAACUUGAUAUACCAAAUACGGCUUUUUAGCUUAUCAUCUACACGUGGUUAUUUAUUGGAUAUAGCUGUUCAAUAGGGAAAUAUUUCUGACAUUUCCUCAUUGACGUUUGGAAAAUGCAUUUUUGCUUUUUUUCUGCUGUCACAGCCUCAGAUACAGAACCUAAAUACCAAUAUCCACGACUGCUGUAAAAAAGUUAUGUGUCAUCUUAUUGAUGCCUGUUCUGCUAGACUGAUACACAUUCUCGAUAACUAAGGUACAAAAAACUACACAGUUCUCGAUGUGUUUCACGGAUGUUUUCAAAAAUAUUUUUUUAUUAAUAGCUGUAAUACCACUUAAAUGAAAUUUAGUAUAAAUGUACUAUGUAUCAAGAGGCAUUUUUGAUAUACAUUUUUUUUCGAUAUAUGGUUUUACCUAAAAAAAUUUUAAGAGAAAUUAUGUGGUACCAUCAAUGUCUGCCAAAAUAGGCAGGUGAAAUUCUGUAAGAAUGCGACUGGUCGAAAUAAAUCAGUAGUACAUUAAAAAAAUGCCUCUUGAUACAUAAUACGUGUAUACGGAAUUUCAUUGGAAUAUCUAGUGCUAUUACAGAUGUUAAUAAAAGAAUGAUCUAUUAUUAAAAACUUUACAAACCGAAUUCUCAAAAGUUAAGGCGUUUUAGAACAUACGUUCAUAUGGAGUUUUCUUCUUAAAUUGGAACAAAAAUCGCCACCUAAAAUAUUGAUAUUUCAUAAGGAAACACCCUCUAUAAAAAGAUAUGCAAAAAAUUAAAUUUCUCGGCAAAAAUGUCCAUUCCGUUCCGUAUUUUAAGCAUGUAAAUAGAAUUCGUGUUUUAUCAUAUCACAUUAAGAAAGAUAAUUUCAUCACAUCAACAAUAGGAUUAAGCUUUUUAUUCAGUGUGUAUGUGCUUUUAUUCGGAUUUUUAUUAUAUAUUUUCUCACUGUGAUAUGUGCUGUGCACAAUAGUUUUUAAUGUUGAUGUCUUUGCAAUUUUAUGUUGUUACAAAAGAGUACAAGGCAUUUCAAAGAUUUAGGACUGUACAAAGUGGUAAUUGGUAAGCUUUAAGAUUUUUUCGAUUUUUAGUGAUGAGAGUUUCAACAAAUAUCAUUCAAAAAUUAAUAAACAUUACAUGUAGUUCAAGCAUUUUUUUAGAAAUCAUAUAAAAUUUAAGAAUUGAGAUAGAAUCACUUAUUGGUCGAGUAUAUUUGUUGAAAAUCAAUUAUAAAGUAUGAUGUUACCAGUAGAAAAUGUAGAAAUGAGCUGCUAUUUUUUACCAAGAUUUUCUUUGAUACCCAAAACUAUAUUUUGUAAAUAAACGUACAUUCAUU